AUGGCGGACACCAAGGGUGCUACUUUCUUAUCCAAUCCCCCUGGAUACUCUCCGCUCCCCACUGUUGAUCCUGCGGCAUCGAAGGAUGAACAUGUCGAUGAGCAACUCGCUCCGAACAAGUGCAAACGCCACUCUUGCGCAAGGCACCUUUGGAGGUUCAUCGCCAUUGGUUUCGUCAUCUUUACCAUCGCUCAAGGCAUCAAGUACCUAUGGCAAGGACGCGGUCAGCACUUUAAAUUCCGCUACAAGGAUGAUUACAUUAUACGCAUGUAUAACGUUGCUGGCGAUUUUGACCCCUAUUUUGGCGGUGAUCACCCCAAACCCCACUGCACUAAGUGGAGCAACUCAACUGCACCGGGUGAGGCUACCUACCACCUAAAUGUUUCUACAGCUGCAGAAACCAUCAAGCUUGUGUCUGGUGGCGGUUUCAAGGGCACUGUCGACUACGUUAUCGCCGACAAAGACUUAGGGGACACGAUUGGUGUCAAAAUUACUCUGAGUGCGCCAGCAAAGAUUGAGGAGCCCGAGACUGAUUCGGUCGUUCACUCAUGGUGGAAGCGGUUAACCCUUAAAACCAAGGGCCCUCAAGCCUAUGUGUGCACCAUUCCAACGCCUGAAGGCAAUGUCAAAGGUGUGGUCUUGUCGCGGAAGCGCCCCCAUGGUCACGGCCACCAUCAUCACCGGGGCCACCCUUGGCCCCCGUUUCCACCACAUGAACUUGACCACCCCCCUCCACCAUCCCUGCACGUUCUUCCAGAUGUCGGCAUGUUCAUCCCUCCUCCCGAGGUUCUAGGAGGGUUCGGCCAACCACCGCCGCCGCCACCUUCAUACCCUCGAGAAGUGAACGAGGUUAGGGGCUGGGUCGAUGGAAAACACCCUCAUCGCCGUUAUCAUCAUCCUACGGCGCCUGUCACUGCCAAGAUCGUUGUCACCUUGCCGCGUAGUCAUCUCGAGCUUGCUUCUUUCUCAAGCGUGUUUCCCCACUUCACUCAGCAUAUCAAUGGCGCCUUCGAUGAUGUCGUCUUUGGAAAGCUCUUCGUUGUUGGUAAAACAUCUGGGCUGUCUAGGGUCGAAGCCGAUACGGUAUCAAUCAUUGCUGAAGGAAACCCGAUUAACGGAACUUAUGUUGUGAAGGACUAUUUGGAGCUGGUCACCACGGAGGCACCCAUCGCUGUAAAUGUUACCCUUCUCUCGGACGCGAUGGCCCACAAGCCCACGUGUCUGGACCUAGUAAAUCGCAACGGCUCUGUUGAUGCCGAUGUUCAGCUUGUCGCUGUUGAACCCUCCAAAGACUCGGUCAAUGGCUCAUUCAGUAUCAACACCUUUACUUCUCACCGUCCUGCAAAAGUGGAUGUCACCUCCUUCCCUCUCGGCGGUUAUUUGAGAUUUGAUGUCUUGAACCGUUACGGUGAGAUCGUUGCCGCUGUGCCUCCCUCUUACGAAGGCAGGUUCGGCGUUGUCAACAGGGGUGGCACGUCCAUCGUCAAGUCCGACAAGGAUACGAAAGACCCUUCUGGCAAGGGACGAAAGAGGGUGAUGUUUGUUAGGCACGUUGUCGGAGGUAUCAUAAAUGGCUUUGUUGGCUGGGCCGAUGGCCCGGAGGAUGGUAUCACUAUCGGGAAGGUUGAUGCAGAAGAACUCGAGGUAUGCAGUGAAGGCGAAAAAGGAUGCCGCGUUACCAGACCUCUUCCUGGAGGGAAUGGAGGGGGCGAAUAUUUCGAUGCAUUCGAUCCUCCCAUUGAUGACGAGGGCCCCAUGUUGACCGAGUCUGGGAUUGAUCUAUUUUUUGCCAAGGGGGUUGUCCUGCUUGAUCUUAACUAA